AUGCAAGUAUUGCACUACGUCAUCACGCUCCUAACAAUCGGAAAUAUCUACAUUCCUGCCAGUGCCACACGAAAUGUUUACUCGCCGUCCUCUUCGUUCAACUAUCCAAGCGCUGACGCUAUUAUUCAGUUGCAUCCGGAGAGUCAAUCGGUUACAUUGAACAGUACCGUUAGACUACAAUGUCGUGUCAGAGUCCUUACUGAUUUGAAUACUGGAACUGGAGCUCAAGUCUACUGGUCCAAAAAUGAUUUUGGAAUAGGCGGAAGUAGAGAGGACAUCCAAGAGUACGGCAGAAGUGCGAGAUACCCGUACUCACGAUACGACCUCCCCUACAAUUUGAAAGAAGGACAGUACGACUUACAGAUCACGAAUGUGGAAUUGUCCGACGAGGGAUCUUACGUAUGUCAAGUGAACUUUAUGAAAAAACAAUACUUGAGCCAGACGGCUGUGCUCAGCGUACAAGUUCCUUCUGAGGCCCCACGGUUCCUCCAAGUAACCAAAGAAGGAAAAGGAGCGGAGGUUGAAGUAGGCUCCUCGACGCCGGUAAUUGUUGAAGACGGAUCGUUGCUGGUGCUAAAAUGUGUGGCUCGACACGGAAAACCUGGUGCCCGAUUAUCCUGGUCAAUCGAUGGCGUUCCAGUUCAACCCGAUCCAGACCAAAGUGGAAAAUUGAGCACAUUCCGUGCCGGUUUCAGGGGAAACUUGACAUUUGAUGUCGUGCCAUCCGCGAACUUCCCAAGACUGAAAGACGCAGUCAGUCAAAUGUCCGCGCGAUUAAGCAAGCUGCAUCAUGGGAAACUGAUCGAAUGUCGGGCGGCCAAUAGUGGAUAUGGGGAACACGCAUUACGGCCUGCAUUAACAAGGUUGGAAGUGCAGUACGCUCCGGUAGUCAGUAUACAGAUACGGCCCCAACGUCAUGAAAACGAGUACAUGGAGCACGACAUCAUCACAGCAGAAUGUACAGCACAUGGUCGACCGGAUUCCUUCACCUGGGAAUGGUUUGUAAAUGGUCGACAGAUUGAAAGUAUUACCGACCCAUGGUAUCGCCUGCGCUUGACACGGAACCUACACAAUGCUGUAUUUCGUUGUGUGGCGAUUUCAAACAAGAAGGGAAAUGCAGAAACUACCGUUCGGGUGAAAUUCGGACCACAAUUUGUAGAACCUUCAACGUUGCUGUAUACGGCAUCACCAGGUGAAGAUGUUGCGAUGGAUUGUCCAGCACGUGGCAAUCCCACGCCAAGAAUAGAAUGGCUUCGGGAGGGUGGACACGAAGUGCUUCACCGAGGAGUUACUUAUCGAAAGGACAACUUAAGAGAAGAGGAUUUUGGCACUUACACCUGUACCGCCCUCUCUGAAGAUUUCCCUCCGGUAUCAAAGCAAAUGUUUAUUGCCAAACGCAAACCUCCUUCCAUACAACCAAAUCCCGUUGUUCACGCUCGUUUGGGUCGACCUGCUCGUUUAAGGUGCACAGUGAAUUCUGUUCCCCUACCGCCAGCUGGACAGACACAUUGGUACUUUAAUGGCCGAGCGUUACGAUCGGACACCCAACACAUAUUUGAACGUGAAGAAUUCCUUGGUGGAGUGGUUCUCAUAUUGCACAUCAUGUACGUGAUGACCACAGACUACGGUAAAUACAACUGUUCAGUGCAGAAUGGGUACGGUUCCGACUGGAAGCUGAUUGAGCUACGUCCUCAAGAAGAUAUCCCCCUACAAUUUAUCAUCGGGGCCGCGGUUGCCAUUGGAAUUCUUUUGAUCGCGGGAAUUGCCAUUCUCUGUGUCUGCAGACGGCGGGUGUGCAAUCGCAAAUAUCGAAAAGCUAACAGCUCUCGGAAUCAAAUGUGUAACUCGGUGAGGUGUACUCAGCCUCCGCCUCACGAUUACGGUGUGAUGAACUCAGAGUUCAAAGCUCCCUGCUCAAACUCAGAGGAAACGUGCCGACCCAACUUUUACCCUUGGUUCUCUAGCAAUUCUCAACCACAGGCUUCAUAUCUAAGAUGCGGCAAUGAAAUGGAAGACCGACGCUCACCGAGAAGUGGUGCCAAAACGAAUACAGACAACUGCACAUUGGAAGAUUUCAACGUAGAUGCCUACAACAACUCUUCUCUUCCCGCUGGACUAACGACCACAUAUUAUCCAAACAUAUCGUCCUGUCAAAUGAUUCAACCACUAAGCAACGGGGGAGGAGGUUAUUUAUCGGCCAUUGAUUCCCGCCUAUUGACUACUGCACAUUCACCAUACUUCUCUGGCUGUCCGACCGUGUUCACCGGAGCAGACAUGGUACCUGGAUCGUUGCAUUCUCGUCCGGAUUUUCUACCCGAGACAAUCAGUUUGCAGCCUUACGGCAAGUGUGACGUUAUCAGCGGUAGCUGUUUGUAUACAACUGACAGCGGACAACUCGUUGCCACAGUGCCUCAGAUAACCACACUAGAUUUGACUAAUGGCAUUCCUGCACGACUGACGUCACACAGCGUGUAUUCGGGUGACGGAGGCAGUGGUAGAAGCUCCCUGGAACACAAUCAUUUAUCUGCAUCGAUUCCCAGCAAAUGCGAAGUUAUAGACAAUACUUCAUCGCCCAAAUACGUAGAUCUGCAGCGACCAGUUACUCCGAGUGAACCGACCCACUUAGGCGUGCAUGGAAUCGCGUACGUAAUCGAUGGUCACACGACAAAU